UAUUAUUUGAAAUUAUCAAUAACUUAGUAACAGAAUAAGUUCUCGGUCAGAAAAAUUUUAAUAGAGUCGGAGUCGUGCACUCAAAAAGAGUCCGGAGACAUACAUUUCAACUACCGACUCCACAGCUCCGAAUUAUCCAAUCAGGAAGGCGAACCUUCAAUAUUAUUUGACACAGUCACAAAAAUUUUAAAUUUCUCGUGAUUUGUAGUUGAAACAUUUGUUUUCUCUCACUCGCGAUUUCCUUUGAGAGAUGAUGGGGGGUGGAGCGUCGCGUGGGUGAGAAUAUUUUGGAGAACUUAAUCUGAUACGAUACACCCGGCUCCGAAAACAUCAUUAUUGGCGAAGCUUUCUCUUCCUAUUGUGGCAACCCUAACCGCCACGCGAACGGGCUACCAACCACACAGCAGUCGAGUCCAUCGCCAUCUUAAAGGACACGUUCGCUACGACUUCGUUCUAGAAGACCGCUUCUGGGCACGUUUGUGGAUAUUCAUUAAUGUCACAGGUGUUACUUUGGAUAAUUUGUUGCAUCAAAAGGAUUACUAAAAUAAAAAUACAUGUGUGAUAUAAAAUUGUGUGUUUUAGUGGUGUGAAAUUAUUAUUUUUGACAAUUUCUGGAUUAUAAACAAUAUUGGUGAUUCAGUGAAACAGGCAAGUGUCUCUUGGUAAGCGCGGAGGGAUAUUUCAGUUGAAUUGACGUAAUUGGUAAAUGUGGUGUGAAGUGCAUUUGUUGUUGCAUAAAGUUUGUGGUCAAUCAAUUACUGAAUCAUAAAGUUGUGCCUUGGUGAAAACUAAGAAAAAAGUACACUAACUUCAAAGAGAUUACAAAAACAACAAAAAGUGUGACCAACAAUUGGAACGUACACACUACUAAAGGAUUAACAAAAACAAGCAGGUCUGAUACCCAAAUAAUUCGGAAGUAACAUUUUAUGAACCGUUGGCUCAUCUUCUAUGUUAAUGAUAUGAAACAACGGCUCCAAAAUUACCCGAUCUAUAUAGGGCGUUAUAAUUCUUGGUCUACUCACCUGUUACACUGAUGCAAAGCUUUCUGUGGGAAGGCAAGUAGAAUUAGAGCAAGUACUAGUCAAAUAUUUAUCAGAAGAAGAGACAGGUAAUAUCAUGAGAACUAUCGCACAGAAAUAUAUCGAAGAAGGUGAGUUUAGAGGCAUCCAAAUAGGUGAAUCUGAAGAGAAAAUAUUAGUAGCAAAAAACCUUUAGAAAGCAGGAGUGUCUAUUGAAAUAAUCUCGCAGUCUACUGGUUUAACCAAAGAAGAAAUCGAGCAACUGAAAUAGAGCUGUUUGCAUUUUGUUAUCCUUAGCCGAGCAAAGGAAGUUUCAGAUGAGAUAUAUGAGGAGUCAUUAUGCCAUAUAACUUAAAAUCUAACAAUACACUUGAUAGUCAAAAUUUUGAAAUGGAUUCAGAGCUAUUGUAUCAGAAUGACAAUAAAAAAACACAAAAGAGAAAAAGAAAUGUUAAAGAAAAUGUAAAAGUAAAAAGAUUACGACUAGAUGAAUCAAAUUUAUCAUCUAGUAAUUUAGAUGAACUAAAUAAAAUGACUAAAUUUCCUGAAGUUAAUGAUAAGGCGACUCAAAAUAUAAAUGAAGCAAAAAAUAAAUUUGCCCAAAGUAUAGCAACUAAGUCUCAUCUUCAAGAAUUUAAAAGUUUUUUAAAUUCACCUGAAGGCAGCAAUAUGUUUAAUGUUCUAUAUAAAAAUCAAGUGUAUCGUAGUAUGUCUAGUAUUUUAAAUGGAGCAAGAGCUAAAGCUAAACAAGCCUUUGAGGAACUUUAUAAUCUUUGGUUUGAUAAGGAGGGAAAGAAAACAAAAUAUUUACAAACUCUAGAAAAAAAUGGAGUAAAUCUAUCUAAUAUAUCUAGUAUUUUAAAUGGAGCUGGAGCUAAAGCUAAACAAGCUUCUGAGGAACUUUAUAAUCUUUGGUUUGAUAAGGAGGGAGAGAAAACAAAAUAUUUACAAACUCUAGAAAAAAAUGAAGUAAAUCUACCUAAUAUAUCUGGUAUUUUAAGUGGAACAGGAUAUAAAGCUAAUCAAACUUUUGAGGAGCUUUACAAUCUUUGGUUUGAUGAGCAUGGAGAGAAAACAAAAUAUUUACGAACCCUAGAAAAAAAUGGAGUAAAUCUAUCUAGUAUCUCUAACAUUUUAGGUAAAGCAGGAGCUAAAGCUAAACAAGCUUUUGAGGAGCUUUAUAAUCUUUGGUUUGAUAAUGAAAGAAAUCCAACUAAAUAUUUACAAACUCUAGAAAAAAAUGGAGUAAAUUUAUCUAGUAUCUCUAGUAUUUUAAGUGGAUCAGGAGCUAAAGCUAAACAAGCUUUUGAGGAGCUUUAUAAUCUUUGGUUUGAUAAUGAAGGAAAUCCAACUACAUAUUUACAAACUCUAGAAAAAAAUGAAGUAAAUCUAUCUAAUAUAUCUGGCGUUUUACAUGGAACAGGAGCUAAAGCUAAACAAGCCUUUGAGGAGCUUUAUAAGCUUUGGUUUGAUAAUAAUGGAGAGAAAACAAAAUAUCUACGAACUCUAGAAGAAAACAAAGUAAAUCUAUCUAGUAUAUCUAGUAUUUUACAUGGAACAGGGGCUAAAGCUAAACAAACUUUUGAGGAGCUUUAUAAGCUUUGGUUUGAUAAUAAUGGAGAGAAAACAAAAUAUCUACGAACUCUAGAAAAAAAUGGAGUAAAUUUAUCUAAUAUAUCUAGUAUUUUAAGUGGAGUAGGAGCUAAAGCUAAACAAGCUUUUGAGGAGCUUUAUAAGCUUUGGUUUGAUAAUAAUGGAGAGAAAACAAAAUAUCUACGAACUCUAGAAAAAAAUGGAGUAAAUCUACCUAAUAUAUCUAGUAUUUUACAUGGAACAGGAGCUAAAGCUAAACAAGCCUUUGAGGAGCUUUAUAAGCUUUGGUUUGAUAAUAAUGGAGAGAAAACAAAAUAUCUACGAACUCUAGAAAAAAAUGGAGUAAAUUUAUCUAGUAUCUCUAGUAUUUUAAGUGGAGUAGGAGCUAAAGCUAAACAAACUUUUGAGGAGCUUUACAAGCUUUGGUUUGAUAAUGAAGGAAAUCCAACUAAAUAUUUACAAGCUUUAGAAAAAAAUGGAGUACAUCUAUCUAAUGUAUCUGGUAUUUUAGGAGGAGCAGGAGCAAAAGCUAAACAAGCCUUUGAGGAGCUUUAUAAGCUUUGGUUUGAUAAUGAAGGAAAUCCAACUAAAUAUUUACAAGAUUUAGAAAAAAAUGGAGUACAUCUAUCUAAUGUAUCUGGUAUUUUGGGAGCAGCAGGAGCAAAAGCUAAACAAGCCUUUGAAGAGCUUUAUAAGCUUUGGUUUGAUAAUGAAGGAAAUCCAACUAAAUAUUUACAAACUCUAGAAGAAAACGGAGUAAAUCUAUCUAAUGUAUCUGGUAUUUUAGGAGGAGUAGGAGCAAAAGCUAAACAAACUUUUGAGGAGCUUUAUAAGCUUUGGUUUGAUGAGCAUGGAGAGAAAACAAAAUAUUUACGAACUCUAGAAAAAAAUGGAGUAAAUCUAUCUAAUAUAUCUAGUAUUUUAAAUGGAGCAGGAGCAAAAGCUAAACAAGCCUUUAAGGAGCUUUAUAAGCUUUGGUUUGAUAAUGAAGGAAAUCCAACUAAAUAUUUACAAACUCUAGAAGAAAAGGGAGUAAAUCUAUCUAAUGUAUCUAGUAUUUUACAUGGAGUAGGAGCUAAAGCUAAACAAGCUUUUGAGGAGCUUUAUAAGCUUUGGUUUGAUAAUGAAGGAAAUCCAACUAAAUAUUUACAAACUCUAGAAAAAAAUAAAGUAAAUCUAUCUAAUAUAUCUGACGUUUUACAUGGAACAGGAGCUAAAGCUAAACAAGCCUUUGAGGAGCUUUAUAAGCUUUGGUUUGAUAAUGAAGGAAAUCCAACUAAAUAUUUACAAACUCUAGAAGAAAAUGGAGUAAAUUUAUCUAGUAUCUCUAGUAUUUUAAGUGGAGCAGGAGCUAAAGCUAAACAAGCUUUUGAGGAGCUUUAUACGCUUUGGUUUGAUAAUGAAGGAAAUCCUACUAAAUAUUUACAAACUCUAGAAAAAAAUAAAGUAAAUCUAUCUAAUAUAUCUGGCGUUUUACAUGGAACAGGAGCUAAAGCUAAACAAGCCUUUGAGGAGCUUUUCAAGCUUUGGUUUGAUAAUGAAGGAAAUCCAACUAAAUAUUUACAAACUUUAGAAAAAAACAAAGUCGAUCUAUCUUGUAUCUCUAGUAUUUUAGGAGGAGCAGGAGCUAAAGCUAAACAAGCAUUUAAAGAGAUUUACAAGCUUUGGUUUGAUAAUGAAGGAAAUCCAACUAAAUAUUUACAAACUUUAGAAAAAAACAAAGUCGAUCUAUCUAGUAUCUCUAGUAUUUUGGGAGGAGCAGGAGCUAAAGCUAAACAAACUUUUAAGGAGCUUUACAAGCUUUGGUUUGAUAAGAAAGGAAAUCCAACUAAAUAUUUACAAGCUCUAGAUGACAAUGGAAUAAGUCUAUCUAAUGUAUCUAGUAUUUUACAUAGAGCAGGAGCUAAAGCUAAACAAACUUUUGAGGAGCUUUACAAGCUUUGGUUUGAUAAGAAAGGAAAUCCAACUAAAUAUUUACAAACUCUAGAAAAAAAUAAAGUCGAUCUAUCUAAUAUAUCUUGCAUUUUAAAUGGAGCAGGAGCUAAAGCUAAACUAGCUUUUGAAGAUUUAUAUAAGCUUUGGUUUGAUAAGAAGGGAGAAAAAACUAAAUAUUUACAAACUUUAGAAAAAAACAAAGUCGAUCUAUCUAGUAUCUUUAGUAUUUUAGGAGGAGCAGGAGCUAAAGCUAAACAAACUUUUGAGGAGCUUUACAAGCUUUGGUUUGAUAAUGAAGGAAAUCCAACUAAAUAUUUACAAACUCUAGAAGAAAAUGGAGUAUACAUAUCUAAUGUAUCUAGUAUUUUAAGUAGAGUGGGAAUCAAAGCUAAGCAAGCUUUUAAGGAUCUUUAUAAUCUUUGGUUUGAUGAGAAUGGAAAGCCAACACAAUAUUUAAAAGAUUUCACUGAAGUAGGUUUUAAGAUGAGUAAUUUAUCUGCUAUUGUAGGAGGAGUAGGAACCAAAGCUCAUUCUGCUUUAAAAGAUUUUCAUACAGUUUGCUUUGAUAGUAAAGGAAAUCCAACAAAAUAUUUAACGAAUUUCACUAAAGCAGGUUUUAAAAUAAGUAAUUUAGCUUGCGGGCUCUGUGGAUCAAGAACUAAAGCUGCAUCUAUUUUAAAAAAUUUUCAUGAUAUUUGUUUUGAUGGCGAAGGAAAGAAAGCAAGAUAUUUAAGUGAUUUUACUAAAUCAAAUAUAGGUUUUAGGCCUAGUGAUUUAUGUAGUAUCCUGAGUCAAGGAAUAGAUAGUUUAGAAGAAUUUCAUGAUUUUUGUUUUUAUAAGACAGGAAAGCCAAAAAAGUAUUUACGUAAUUUUAUUAAGGCAGAGUUUACACCAAAUCUUUUAUCCAAAGUGUUACAUGACGCAAGAAGUAAUAUUUGUUCUGCUUUAAGAGAGUUUCAUAAAAUUUGCUUUGAUAGUAAAGGAAAGCCAACAAAAUAUUUAACGGAUUUUACUAAAAAAGAGAUAGGUUUUACGCUGGAGAAUUUAUCCUACAUAUUAUCUUGGUCAGGAACUAACGCUGUUUCCAUUUUACAAGAUUUUCAUACGCUCUGUUUCCAUGAAAAAAAAGAAUAUUUAGAUCAUUUUUUAGCUGAAAAAGAACUUUUUAGUCUAGGUAAAUUAUCUAAAAAGUUAUUAAAAGGAGCAGGACUCAAAACUUGUUCCAUUUUUAAAAAAUUGCAUGAUCUUUGUUUUGAUGAGACAGGUGCAAGAACAGAAUAUUUAAAUUCUCUUAUCGAAGAAUAUACAAAUGUAGAUGAUGGGACAGUAGAUUUUAAGCAGGUAUUCAAGCCAUUAAAUGAAAAAUGUAAAAAACUUAGAAAAGGUGCUUCUAUUGGUGGAGUAAUUUAUCAAGAAUCUGAAGGAAUGGAUUUAGAAUCUAUUGAUUAUAAUAUUCAAUUAAUGAUGAAAACAGGGUUAAAAAUUGAUAAAAUUCUUGAUUUACUAAAUGUUAAGAAAGCGAUGUGUAACAAUAAUCAAUAUUUAAGUAUUUUACUAGUUAAAGGAACUAAUAAUGAUCAUGCAGUAGUUCUUUUUAAAAAGAAUGAUAUUGUAUCAAUAAUUGAUCCACUAGGUAUAAAAUCAGAAUUUAGCAGUAGUUUAGAAGAAUUAAGGAAGGAUUUUAUAGCCUCAGGAAAUAAAUCUGUAAAUAUUAUUUAUUCUAAUUUGCAACAAGUUGAUUCUGGAACAUGUGCUGAUAUAUCGUUAAUUCUAAUUAAGAAUAUUUUAGAUACAAUACAAAGUAUUCAAUCAAUUGAAGAUAUAGUAAAUAUUAUUGAAAAUAUAAGAGCAGAGUAUAACAAUACAGAGUUAGAAGCACAAGUAAGACCUCUUGAUUCAAGAAUAACGUCCAAAAUAGACGUUUUAACAGAACAAGAAGAACAGAAUCAAAGUGUCCAUUACUAUAAUAAUGAACUCGCUUUGCAACAAGAUAAUAUUGAUGUGUAUACAUUAGAGUUAAUAGGUGAUACUUUUUUAUCUGAGACUACCAUAUAAUCAGCAAUUCCAAAUAUGAGAUGUAUGGAGUAAGCGUCUAGUAAAGGUGGUCUAGAAUUAUUAUUUAUUCUAGUAUAAUAUUCCAAGGGGAGUCUGUCAUAAAGAUUGUGUGUGCGUCAAGAUAAGGUGCAUUAAUCUUACGAGUGAAAGUCCUGUUAUGGAAGGAGUAGCUAGCUCCACCAUAUAGCGAGUCUUGUGCUGCUGAAGGUAACGACAGUAGUAAACAGCGAAACAUCCGAGCCGAAACCAAAUGGAGAUAGCCCUGAAAUGAUAUUGGUAGUGGAAUUCGAUGUGCUACACAAGACAAGAGAAAACUAGAGGUCAAACUAGCGAAAAUCCGAAAGUUUUCAACCAUCGGGGUCUCAGCGAGUUUGUAGAGAUUAAUGACACAACUUGAGAAGUCCUUAUAACUCUUACUAAGUUAAGUAAGUAUUCAAAGUACAAGUGCCGAAACAUAAGGCUUUGGAGAUGGUGUUAAGGAUGGCUUAGUCAGUUGUAGUAGUGAUGAAGUUUCGUAAUGGGAGUGGAGCGAAGGGCUGACAGAAAGGUAAGAACGUUAGAGGGAAACAAUGACCGUACACAGCAUAGACGGAAAUGCAUGGUCAACGAAACUUGAGCGUAUAAAAUUGCUAUCAUCACAAAAUCAAGACAUAAAGUUUAAUAAUCUUGGACAUAUUAUUGAUUUAAAGAUGUUAGAAGAAGCACCAGCCGCCAUUUAAUGCACGGGGAUUCUUCGGCCGGCUGGAUUCGAACUACCGUUCUCCCUACCGAACCGGCUGUCCCUGUUCACAUGACAAUCCAGCACCGUUUACUGAUCAAUGUUACAUUUUGUCCAUUAGUGUUUCAUUUAUUAAAAAUUGUAUGAUGCUUAUUUCAAACAUAAUUCUAAAUUGGAAUGUUUUGACAUGACAAUACAGCACCGUUUACCGAUCAAUGUUACAUUUGGUCGAUUAAUGUUUCAUUUAUUAAUAAUUAUAUGAUGCUUAUUUCAAACAUAAUUCUAAAUUGGAAUGUUUUGACAUGACAAUACAGCACCGUUUACCGAUCAAUGUUACAUUUUGUCCAUUAAUGUUUCAUUUAUUAAUAAUUGUAUGAUGCUUAUUUCAAACAUAAUUCUAAAUUGGAAUGUUUUGAGUUGUGUCAUUACCUUUCUACGUAUGCGUUAUUCUAUGCGUGAAAUUCUAUUGUUUGUCCUAAAAAAUAAAGUGCACGGCAUCUGAUCCUACGAAGACGGAAUAUAAUGAUUUUACUUUGAAUAAUCAAUAUUUUCUAUACUCGAAUUGAUCCCAUUCCCGUUAUGUUCCAGUGAUUAUUAUUUUAUUAAAUCCUGUAAAAAACAAAACUAUUUUGUUAAAGUUUUUUUGUGUAUUUUAAUCCAAAUAUAACGUGAAUGGAA